ACUUGGUCUGACGUCCGGACACAACAAAUACACGUGUCAGUAAACCAAAAUAAUGUAGCAGUAGGCUAGUACUUUACAUUGUCUGACACACCAAAACGUAUUGUGGGCCUACUAAUAGAAGUUGCACAGUGAGAGAUGCUAGGUCUAUGCAUCACUUCUUUCACAUGUUAUCGACACCUUUGGGUAGGCUAUAAUAGGUUUAUCACGCAUCAGCAAGACUAGUCAAGACUCCUAAGAAAAAACGUCAAAGGCGAUGAUAGGCUUUUAUAGAGAAUAGGUUUGAAAAGUCUCAUGCUUCGGAAUGCAUCUACAAAAAAAUGUGAGCUGCAUCGGUAACAUCUUAGAGCAGUUAUUUAUUGACAGAAGAAUAUAGGCAACACUUUACAUCUACUCUUACAUCUUACCUCAACCCUAACUAACCAUAAUGAAGCUCCUGGUCAUUACCACAUCAGAAAAACCCAGCCUGUGGAUAUUCGGAUAUGGCUCCUUAGUCUGGAAACCAGACUUCAAAUACAAGAGGAGCAAAGUCGGUUAUAUCGAAGGAUAUAGUCGACGCUUCUGGCAUGGGGACAAUUUUCAUCGAGGAGACAAAGACACGCCAGGUAGAGUGGUAACUUUGGUGGAAGAUCAUGAUGCUUGCACCUGGGGGGUAGCCUACGAGGUCACUGACUCCCAGAUGGAGGAGUCUCUGCAGUACCUGAAUGUGAGAGAGGCUGUGCUGGGGGGCUACGUCACCAAGAUGUUGGAGUUCACUCCCAGAGAGAAGUGCCAAGGGUCUCUGCUCGCCCUGGUCUACAUUGCCACCUCUGACAACCCCAUAUACCUCGGGCCUGCCACUCCCACAGAGAUAGCUGCUCAGAUUGCCAUCUGCAGAGGCAACACGGGCCACAACAUAGAGUACCUCCUUCGCCUGGCUGAGUUCAUGAGGCUGUACUGUCCCGAGGUAGAGGAUGACCAUCUCUUCUCCAUAGAGGCAGCCGCCCUGGCUCUGGUCAUCUGAACUACCAGGGCCAGGGAUACUCACAUCUGACCACCAAUACGACACUCGAUCCUUACGACACUCGCUACGUUACUUGCUAAUGUGAACAACGUGAAGACAAUGACAAUGUGAAGACAGUGAGAGUCACUCCACCUCACAAAAAGGGUCAACAUGUCAUGAUCACUGUUUUUGUUGUCCAUUGUCAAUGAACGCUCAUGACAUUGACAUUUUUUUAAACUGAAAGGGCAAUGAGAUUCGAAUCAAGGUUUCAGUAUGCUUCUCUACAAGGUGUGUAAACAUUCAAACUGUCUAAUAAAUCUAUUUCAUAUAUGGUA